UAGAUGCUGCCACCUGCUUGUGGACUAUGAACAGAUUGUUUAUUCACAACUGGGGAAAAAUGAUUUUAUGGGAAUGGGAUCUGCAUCAACAGGCCGCCUCCUUGGUUUGAUGUUUGUUGAGAUUUGCUAGAAUGACAAUGAAUUGUGUUUUUGUAUUUUCUUCAAAAAGUUGGGCCGAAUAUUGGAAGUAACCGCAUGGCAUCUACUCAGUGUAGUGACUGGGUACGAACAAGCAAUGGAGGUCAUUUUGCUUCAUCAAACUUUCCUAACUUCUACCCACCCAACCAGGAAUGUGUCUAUAUUUUAGAAGCUGCCCCACGGCAAAGAAUAGAGUUGACAUUUGAUGAACCGUUCUACAUUGAGCCUUCAUUUGAAUGUCGAUUUGAUCACCUGGAGGUUCGAGAUGGACCCUUCGGGUUCUCCCCACUCAUUGAUCGCUAUUGUGGUCUAAAAAGCCCGACCCUGGUUAGGUCAACAGGGAGAUUUAUGUGGAUAAAGUUUACUUCAGAUGAAGAACUGGAAGGACGAGGAUUUAAAGCAAAGUAUUCAUUUAUACCAGAUCCUGAUUUCACACACCGAGGAGGUAUUUUAAAUCCCAUCCCAGACUGCCAAUUUGAACUCUCUGGAGCUGAUGGCAUAGUGCGUUCCAGCCAGGUAGAACAAGGAGAGAGAACAAAACCUGGACAAGCAGUUGAUUGCAUAUGGACAAUUAAGGCUACUCCAAAUGCCAAGAUUUACUUGAGAUUUCUAGACUAUCAAAUGGAACAUUCAAACGAAUGCAAGAGAAACUUUGUGGCCGUGUAUGAUGGAAGCAGUUCCAUUGAAAAUUUGAAAGCAAAGUUUUGCAGCACGGUGGCUAAUGACGUGAUGCUACAAACAGGAACCGGGGUGAUACGCAUGUGGGCAGAUGAAGGGAGCAGGCUAAGCAGGUUUCGAAUGCUCUUCACCUCAUUUGUAGAUCCUCCCUGUUUAGCUGGUACUUAUUUUUGUCACAGCAACAUGUGCAUCAAUAAUUCUUUAGUUUGCAAUGGCAUUCAAAACUGUGCAUACCCUUGGGAUGAAAAUCACUGCAAAGAAAAGAAGAAAACAGGAUUAUUUGAACAAAUCACCAAAACUCAUGGAACAGUCAUUGGAAUUACUUCAGGGAUAGUCUUAGUUCUCCUCAUCAUUUCAAUUCUGGUGCAGGUGAAGCAACCACGUAAAAAGGUGAUGACUUGUAAAACCACUUUCAACAAAACAGGCUUCCAGGAGGUUUUUGAUCCUCCUCAUUAUGAACUCUUCUCCCUGAGAGACAAAGAGAUUUCUGCUGACCUGGCUGACCUCUCUGAGGAACUUGAAAAUUACCAGAAAAUGAGGCGCUCAUCGACAGCUUCACGGUGCAUUCACGACCAUCACUGUGGCUCUCAAGCUGCAGCUGUAAAGCAAAGCAGGACCAACCUUGGUUCAAUGGAACUUCCUUUCCACAAUGAUUUUGCACCACCGCAGCCAAUGAAGACCUUUAAUAGCACCUUCAAGAAAAGUAGUUACACAUUCAAACAGGCUCAUGAAUGCCCAGAGCAGGUGAUAGAAGACCGGGUGAUGGAAGAGAUUCCUUGUGAAAUCUACGUGAGGGGUCGCGAAGAUGCUGCUCAGGGUUCAUUAUCAAUUGAUUUUUAAUCUCCUUUUAAAUGUGAAACCAG